AAAAUAUCAGGGGAAAAUGACACAUUGGUUUCAUCGAAACCCACUGAAAGCCACAGCUCCAGUCUCCUUUAAUUACUAUGGUGUAGUCACGAGCCCUAGUGCUUCAAAGAUUUGCAGUGACCUGCGAUCAUCCAGGUCCCGGCUCCUGGAGCUCUUCACUGACCUGAGCUGCAGCCCUGACAUGAUAAAGACUGCUGCUGACACCUACUUUGCGCUGCUGCAAGGCUUCAUCAAUUCAUUAGAUGAAUCUACUCAAGAAAGCAAGUUGCGUUAUAUUCAGAACUUUAAGUGGACGGACACGUUACAAGGCCAGGUUCCGAGUGCCCAACAGGAUGCUGUUUUUGAGUUGAUUUCCAUGGGAUUUAAUGUAGCUCUCUGGUAUACCAAAUAUGCUUCAAGACUGGCUGGAAAAGAAAACAUAACAGAAGAUGAAGCUAAAGAUGUACAUCGAAGCCUAAAAAUUGCAGCUGGAAUUUUUAAACACUUAAAGGAAAGUCAUAUUCCCAAACUUAUUACACCUGCAGAAAAGGGAAGAGACUUGGAGGCACGACUCCUAGAAGCUUAUAUAAUCCAGUGUCAGGCUGAAGCUCAAGAAGUGACAAUUGCCCGGGCCAUUGAACUGAAACAUGCUCCUGGGCUAAUCGCUGCGUUGGCAUAUGAAACAGCCAAUUUCUAUCAAAAAGCCGAUCAUGCUUUAUCCAGUUUGGACCCUGCGUACUCUGCUAAAUGGAGAAAGUACCUGCACUUGAAGAUAUGCUUCUACACAGCCUAUGCCUACUGUUAUCACGGCCAGACUCUAUUGUCCAGUGAUAAAUGUGGCGAAGCCAUUCGAUCUCUGCAAGAAGCAGAAAAAUUUUAUGCAAAGGCAGAAGCACUGUGCAAAGAGUACGGGGAAACCAAGGGACCUGGUCCAACCGUCCGGCCUUCGGGACACUUGUUUUUUAGGAAACUGGGGAGUCUCGUGAAGAAUACCCUAGAGAAAUGCCAGCGAGAGAAUGGAUUUAUCUAUUUUCAAAAGGUUCCAACGGAGGCCCCACAGCUGGAACUUAAAGCCAAUUACGGCCUAGUGGAGCCUGUACCAUUUGAAUUUCCCCUGACAAGUUCGAACUGGACCCUGGAGACGCUGGCUGCUUUCGAUCUCACCAAAAGGCCCAAAGACGACAGUGCCAAACCUAAACCAGAAGAAGUCAGACCUGUCAGAGAACCAGAUAUCAAACCUCAGAAGGACACAGGAUGUUCGAUCUCUUAAACUACAUGGAUGCGACAUGCACAUUGAAUGUCUCCACUGGCGGAUGAAUAAAUCUCGGAGCUUCUGAGUUCUCUGAAUCCUACAUAAGACUUUACAAUAUUCAGAGGGAAUCUGCCUGCCUUUUCUUUGGUUUGUUCAUUUUUACUCUGGUGGUGAUGUCUUAUGCUCCUACCCUAACCCUGGAUAGCUUAUAUUUAGGACAGUGUCAAAGAGUUAUUCCUCUAAAGUUUGAAUUUGGGGGGUAGGAUUCUUCUUUCCUCAAAACUCUAGAGAGAAGGAAGUUUCAGGUUAAAGGAUGCCAGGAUCAUGUAAUUUCAGGUGGGUUUUGAUUGUGUUCACAGAAAUGUUCUGUGAAAUAGAAAUAGAUUUUUAAUCAAUACUCUUUUUCCCCACUCCCCAAACACAUCCUCAUCAUUAUGGUAAUUGUUGCCUCGGCUGAUUAUGUUGAGUUACUUGUCUUUUCUGGUGGAAAGUCACUUCUAGUUAAAGAUGAGAAAAACUUCAUUUAAUAUGGUUUUUUGGUUUG